UGUCACAAAUUCUUUGAGAUCCACGCGUUAUUGAAUUUUAUAAAGUAUUUGAGAUUCAUCGGUUUUUAGAUAGUUUAUUCGAUAUUAUCAACUAAAACAUUCUGAAAAAAUGGCUGAAACUAUGAAACAAACCGUAGCAAGUAUUCUCAAAAGCAUUGAAAGAUAUAAUCCAGCAAAUUUGCAGACGCUGGAAAGAUAUGUUGAUAUGCAGUCUAGAGAGAACACAUAUGACUUAGAAGCCAACUUGGCAGUAUUAAAGCUGUACCAAUUUAACCCAGACAAAUUCAACCCUGACAUAACUUGCCAGAUCCUGCUGAAAGCAUUAACAAACUUUCCACAUACAGAUUUCACACUGUGCAAGUGCCUCUUGCUGGAAUCUGUUGCAGAAAAUGAAACAAUAUCUCAAAUAAAAUAUCUGGCAGAUAUUUUAGAGCAGUGUGACUUUGCUCAGUUCUGGAACAGGGUGCAUCAGAUGCCUGAACUUUGCAACCGCAUUAGCAACUUCCAUGACUCCAUCAGGAAGUUUGUGUGCCAUGUAGUUGGCAUUACUUUCCAGACCAUAGACAAGAAUAACUUAGCCAACUUGUUGGGCGGAAUUGAUGACGUAACUUUAAAACAUUGGGUCAAGAAAUAUGGCUGGAGGGAUGAAGGAAACCUUAUCUUCAUUGCCAAUCAAGAUGAGAACAUCAAGACCAAGAACAUCACAGAGAAGAUUGAAUUUGAUCAUCUUGCUCCUUUGAUGACAUUAUUGUAGUAUUGUUUUAAGGAAAUUUUGUAAAAACAAAAUUUUAUAACAUGUAUGUGGCAAAACAUUUUGUAAAAUUAUAAAUAAAUAUAUUUUACAAUGAAAA